CAUCCAUGGAUGCCUCACAAUGACAGCUCAACGCAGAUCUAUCCCCGAUCUAGCAUGAUAGGGCGCUAAGGUUGUUAGCCUCAUAAAGCUUUGUUUGGAGCCUCAACAUCAACAUCCAGCUCAAAAAACUCGCCAUUCCACAUUCCGACCUCAGCCUUGUGAUAGUGGACGGUAGAGAUGCAGCAUGAGGUUAUAUAUAGCAAAACAGAUGUUCUCUCCCUCGCUCCCUCGCAUGAAAUGCAUGUAGUCGAUUUGUGUGUGUGCCAACUUUCUCCCACUCCGUCUGUACUAACAACUAGCUAAUGGGCGCUAAAAAUGGCUAUCCAUUCAGCCUUCUGUCGUGAUCGACAACCCAAACACGACAACAGCUCAUCCCCGCAGAAACUUGGAAUUGUGGUACCCAAAGAUAACCACGCCUGUUGCCAGGAAUGUUGGUGGCUUGGUCAGAGCUGUGUUUCAUGUUACGGGCCCGUAUCCAUAGGCAACAUACCCACGCCGAAAUGACCCCAAUUUCCGGAAAAACGGACUAUCACUUCUAAUUGCAUUGGUGAACUCCGUUCAUGGCGUGAACUAUGGAUGGUUACAGCCGUACGGGCACCGGUGUGGUAUAUUUGAGAAAAGAGCCACUCAAGAAUUACGGAAUAGUUUGGCGCUAUUUGAUCGCCCAUCAAAUCAAAUGACUUCAACAAGGAAGGUGGAAACGGAUGAUCAUGAUCAUUGCUGAGAAAUGAAACAAAUGGCAAGAUUGACAUUGCCCCGAAAGCCGUUUCUGCCCUGUUAUUUGACGGCCUGAAAACUGGAAUGUUUCCCAGCCACUCAUUGAGCUAGCAUGUUUCAGUUCAAGAGUGGAGAGAUACUAGGGUUUGCUGGGAAAACCCCAAAAAUUUAAUCAGUUAUGUAAUUGAGAGCCCAAAAACUUGCAUGUCUACGCUCCAACAUCUCUGAUACUGCAAAGAAAAGAAAAAGGAGAGAAAAUCCUUUGCAAAUGACAAUAUCGGAAAACGAAUCCAUCAGCUCCUCCCUCGACAAAAUUGCCGAUACUCCUCCCAAUUGCGAGCUUUACACGACCGUGCUCAUCCACCUUACUCACCAUGGCUUCCACGACCUCGUCCGCUAUAGCUCCAACCGGCAGCGCCAUCUGCGGCACCCCAGCCCAAUACGAGAUCCCGAUCCUAGAUGCCGCCUGCGCAGUAUCCAACAAGAACAAAAACAAAGAUUUGAUGGACGACUGCUGCAAAAAAGCAGCCGUCACUUUAUACAACGACGGCUGCGCCCUUUACUGUCGCGCGGAGGCCCAAACCGUCCAAAAUCUCACAAGCUGCUUAUUUGAAGCUGGAGUGCCUUAUAACGGCGUGUGGUGUAAUAAGCCCCAGAACGCUACGGCUACGGGUAAAUCUCCUACACAAACGAGCACAGGCACUGGCACGCCUACCUCGACCGAAAGUCCCAGUGCGGCAGCUGCCCUGAAUAUGCCGGUGUUUGUACAGUCGGGACCGACGAAGUUGGGAAUCACCGUUUGCGCUGUUGUGAUUCCGGCUCUCAUCGGUGGGAUGAUGUUUUGAAAAUGGAACAUCGUUUUAAAACAUUUGAUUUAUUUUUAGGAGGGAGGGUUUAAUUCUUGAAAACAGGUUCCUGGCUCAGGUACAAUAUCAAUUUCAUGCGAAACUUUAGGCCAUCGGAGAAUACCCAGAUUUUCUUUUAUUUUACAUAUGUAUAUAUACUUCUUUUUAAAAAUUUUAAUCAAUAUUAUUGUCACUCUUCUAAAUAGGAAUAUCGGGGAGAAUAAAAAGUAUAUAAAUUCCAAGUUACUAGCUCCUGUAGUCUGCCCGACAAUAUCCCCAAAAAGUUUAAGAAAAUUUCCGAAAAUCUGA